AUGGUUUCUUCAGAUCUUAAAAAGCAGGUUGGCCAGCUCUUCGCGGUGGGGUUCUAUGGCUGCACCCCAAGUCCCGAAAUCAAGAUUUUGAUUCAUGACUACCACGUUGGAGGUAUCGUUCUCUUCUCGCGCAAUUUUGAGAAUUCAGAACAGCUCCAGGCCUUGACACUAGCUUUACAGAAUGAAGCCAGAUUGGCUGGACAUGAGCGACCAUUAUUGAUCGGAAUCGAUCAGGAGAAUGGGUUGGUCACUCGCAUAUCUCCGCCAAUCGCUGCUCAAGUACCAGGCGCCAUGGCACUCGGCGCCACGCAUGACCCGGAGUGCGCCUACAGUGCGGGGAAAGCCACGGGGGAAACUUUGAGUUUCUUCGGGAUUAACAUGAACUAUGCACCGGUGUGCGAUAUCAACUCGGAGCCCUUAAACCCAGUUGUUGGUGUACGCAGCUUUGGUGAUGACCCUGAAUUUGUGGGCCGGUUUGCGAGUGCGGCCGCGCGGGGUUUGCGGGAGCAAAACAUCGUCCCUAGUGUGAAGCAUUUUCCAGGUCAUGGAGACACAGCUGUGGACUCGCAUUAUGGACUACCGGUGAUUCCCAAAACAAGGGAUCAGCUGGAGCGUUGCGAAUUGAUUCCAUUUAGGCGGGCUGUCGCUGAAGGCAUCGAGACCGUCAUGACUGCUCAUAUCUCGCUGCCCUGUAUCGAUCUCACGCGGCCUGCAACACUUUCUCCGGAUGUUAUGGGGAUUUUGCGCAAGGACAUGGCCUAUGAUGGUAUGAUCAUCACAGACUGCCUGGAGAUGGAUGGAAUCCGCUCUACAUACGGUACAGAAGAAGGCUCGGUCCUAGCGUUGCGCGCUGGCAGCGAUAGCAUCAUGAUCUGUCAUACCUUUGAUGUGCAGGUAGCAUCGAUCAAGGCAGUUUGUGAAGCAAUAAAGUCCGGCAGAAUCGAGCAGUCACGACUGGCGGACGCUUGUCGCCAUGUUGCUACGGUGAAGGACAAGUAUUUGAACUGGGAUGUCGCUCUUCAAAAAUCUAAUCUCGCAGACUUGAACUCGCUCAACAAUAGAAUUGCCGAGACGACUAUGGAUAUAUAUUCUCGAUCGACCACACUCGUUCGUGACAAAAAUGGCAUUCUCCCCCUAUCAAAGACUUCAAUCAUCAUCUUCCUCUUCCCUGGAGAUAAUAUCCCAGUCGGUGGUGCGGUUGACGGCGAAGGAACGGGGAGGCCAGGAUUAUAUCAGUCUAACAGAUAUCUUGAUGUCUUGCGGCAACACAACAAUUCCAUUGCGGAGCUCAGAUACGGAGCGACCGGUUUGACUUCGGAGCAAUGGCGAACCCUUGAAGUCGCUGAUGUGGUGAUUUUCACUUCAUUCAAUGCAAGAGAGUCGCCAUACCAGGAGUCAUUAGGCUUGGAACUCGCUGAACGUGUUCAUGCAUUGGUGCAUAUUGCUGUUUGCAACCCUUACGACUUCCUUGAUGCUCCUAGUGUGAAGACCUAUAUUACCACAUACGAGCCGACCAUCGAGGCAUUUUCUGUGGCUGCCGAUAUCAUGUUUGGAGCAUUAGUCCCGACAGGUGCUCUUCCGCUGGGGAUUAAUGCUUCGACAAAGACCUCUGCGGUAGUAAUGCCAUUUGAUGCGCAAAGAGAUCUGGAUGAGGUGGUCGAAGUCUGGGCCGCUGCUCUCCCGACCUACCUUAUUCCCGCUGAAAGUUUGCGGUCUCUGAUAGUACGCCCGCAUGGUCACCAUUUCAUCGCGCGUUUUGGAUCGCAGCUAGUAGGCUUCUGUCUUGCUUAUACAAAUGCCCAUAGUGCACCAAACACCGUGUAUAUCGCAGUUCUUGCCGUGUCGCCAAAGUACCAACAUCAAGGCAUUGGAAUUGCCUUGCUAGACGAAACAAGAGCAUACUUCCGGGCAACCUUUGGCUUCAAUAAUGUGAAGCUGGGCAGCUCAUUCCCCCGCUUUUGGCCCGGGAUACCCCAGGACCUUCCAGAAACAGUGCAACAUUUCUUCACUCACCGUGGUUUCCGACUCAGCCCUCCCAGUGCCCGGUCGGUUGAUUUGUACCAAGAUAUUCGGAACUUCCAGUCGCCAGAGAAGUAUAUCACUCGUGCCCGGGAGCGAGGCUUCCGCUUCGCGCCAUUAAAACCCGAAGAUUACGAGGCCUGUUUGGUUGGCCAAAGAAAAAACUUCUCUAAGGACAGUAGCUGGGUGGAGGCAUACGUCGCUUUACAUCCCGACAAGUAUCCCGACAGUGUGAUGAUAGCAUUCGACUCUCACGGCCAGCAGGUUGGUUGGACACUAAUGCUCGGUCCAUCAUAUGCUUUGAACAAGUCUUGGGCAUUCCCCCAAACCUGUGGUCCAAACACAGGGCUCAUUGGUGCCGUAGGAAUUGAUGAAUCACACCGCAAGCAUGGCAUUGGACUGGCAUUGAUCUGUCAUGCUAUUGAAAACAUGAAGCAGCGAGGCAUUGAAGGUGUCUUUGUAGACUGGGUUGCGCUCGACGGGUGGUAUGAGCAGGUUGGGUUCAAGACCUGGAGAAGCUACAGGCCCGGGGAGCUUUGA